AUACCCUCCACUUCCAACCAUAAUUCCCUGCUAAAUUAUCACGCUUUUUACGCCUUCUUCCUCCUCUCCGAAACUUGGCCGUCAUUGCCACUUUUUCUCCCCCAUCAUAGCCUGCGCAUCGCAGGUCAUUACUGGUGUAAAAAAAAAAUUAGAGAAAAUUAAAAAAAAAAAAAAAAAAAAGAUAGAAAAAAGAAAAGAAGCGCGCCUCACCAACCUUCUUCCAGUCGCGAAUUUUCGGUCGCGUUUCCUUCUCGAUAUAUAUAACCCGACGAAACCUCGAACCAUAGGAUACCUUGUGAGAUGGAUAAGCGCAAGGUUUCGCACGCAUCGCCAACGCCGGAUAGCGACGAUCGAGCUCGGAAACGGCGCAAGCAAUCAAGCUUGAAUACUCCUGCGGCUAUCGCCCAAGCUCUAUUCGACACUGUAUGGAACCAUAAAGAGAGGUACACCAAUGGGUUAAAAAUGUUGACCAACCUAAAAGGAUGAUUAUCCCGAUUAUUACCAAAAAGUCACGAAGCCCAUCUCCUUGGCCGAGAUACAGGCCAAGAUUCAUAGGAAUGAAUAUGCUUCUUUGGCAGACGCGGAGGCAGAUUUCUUGUUGAUGUGUCAGAAUGCCGCUGGAUAUAACAAACCCAAGAGUCAGGUCCAUAGCGAUUCUAUGAGAAUAAGAAAUGUUGUGGAGGGCUUUAUUGCCGAGCAGUCUAAUCGGCAUGUCAAGAAAGAAGACGAAGCUUCUCAGGCAAACCACCCCAGGCAAAUCUCGGGUAGGAGUGCAAAAAAUGAUCCGGCAACUUUGCAACGGGCACAAAAUGAGAUUAUUGAUGAGUUGUUGGCCUUUACCGAUGAAAAGGGCGAGUCGGUUGCACAUUUCUUCAUUAACCUCCCAAGCAAAAAGCUUCAUGGUGAAUAUUUUCGGGUAAUCAAGCAACCCAUUUCGCUCAACCUCAUUAAAAGGAGGAUAGUCCUCGGAGAAUACCCUACAUGGACUGAAUUCGAGUCAGCGGUCCAGUUGAUUCGUUCAAAUGCUGAAGAGUACAAUGACGAGCAGAGUAGCAUCGUGGAAGAUGUCCGUAAAUUAGACACGCAAUUUCAUAAACUUCUGAGCGAGGCAAAAGUAAGGGUUGGGAAUGUGGAGGGUGGCGGAAGUGGUAUCAGAUUGCGCCUUAAUGUACACCAGACACAAUCACCCCCCCAAGAGCCUCCUAGAGGGCCCAGAAUCAAACUCAAUAUUGGGAGCCGCCGGGAAUCCGGGAUGGAUGGUCCCUCCGUGGCUGCGCAAUCCUCACCUCCACCUCCACAACGGGUGCAGCGAGUCCCCAAGAAGCCUCCCGUCAACGGCCUGCGCACGACACGUGCAGCGCUAGCCGAUAGGCCAUCUCCGAGCCUUGAGUCCCCAGCUAUUGCGCAGGCCAAUGGCGCACGAUCUGUCCGAGGCAGAUCCAAUGAUUCGCCCGGCAAGCCUCCCCAGGGAUCAAAAAAGGAGCCUACCCCACCUACGCCGGUAACAUCGUUUCUUCCACAAGCUGCCCCACGUGACCAAAAGAAUCUGUUACUGCUUCCGGCUUCCCAAUCACCAAAGCCAGGCGCCGGGAAUAUGACACCUUCAACUCAAAGCGGGAGAUCGAGAAGCCCGGCAAAUGAUUCGAUAACCUUGAGGGCUAGGUCCAAUCCUCGGACACCGCAACCCCGGGUAUCUUCACCGGCACCAAAUAUAGCAAUGCCUCCUCCUCCACAACGGCAUAGUGCUACCCCUGUGCCAAAUGGGCAUUCCCCUGCACCUCAGCCCAACGCUUCUACACCUGCACCUCCGGCUUUGCUGCAACCGAAGCCUAAUGCGGGACCCGAGGAGCCAAGAUACCGUGCCGACGGCAAAGAUGCCAGUGCUGCCAUAAUAAGCAGCGUACGUCUUGCUGCCGCCCUGAAUGGCAUUGAUGGCAAGUUUAGUCAGGAGCUCUUUCCUGACGAUCGAAAGUUGAUGACGCAAUUUUCGAUUCACCUUCCUCCGGAGGCCGGGCUCGUGGUCUUCACUCCCGUUUUGUCGACGGCAAAUCUAAACAAUAGGGCAUACAAACUUACUGUAGAGCUCAGAGUGAACAACAACACCCCAAGACUCCUGAUCCCUAACCCCAGCUUGCAGAAAAAGAGAGAAGAACCUCCUUAUGAGUUUCGCCCCAGCCCCGGGAGUGUCAGCACCCUGGAAUGCACACUCGUCACUACCGUCCAACGUCCCGCUAUAAAUGGCACUAGUAACGGUGUUAACGGCACGACCAAUGGCACCGCUAACGGUACUACUGGAACCUUUGGAAAUUGGGAAAUGGAGAGGUUCAGAAUAUUUUUCUCCUUCUUACCCGCCUAG